AGCCUUAAAAUACAUUACUGGAGGCCUUCGCUGUGGCGCUUCCACACAGAGCAGGACGGAGGCGCGGGCUCUGUUCGCCAGCGGAAUACAUGAUUGUGUGAUUAUAUGAAAAGUUAACUUGGCUCCCGUGCGGGGCGCGUGGGGGGGGGGACAUCGUAGAGCACGGGCUCCUCAGCGAUGGGCUCGUUAUAGAGCGCCUGCCAGAUGCGUGUCGAACGGUGCCGAGCGGUGUGAGCGUGUUACUGUUGUAACAUGCUGUUGUUGUGAGUGUGACAUGUCCCGCUUCGGCGAUACGAUACAGUGAAGGAAGGAGGAACAGUAGCCACUAUUAAAACAACAGCCAGGCAGUGAUGGAAGAGAAAGAAACGGGGGAACGCGAGCCUGUGGACCUCCGGUGUGCCGAGCAGGCUGAGCUGCUCUCAUUAAUAAUAAGCGGAGAGGAGGAAGCGACGCAAGAGGAGAGUGACAUUGGAGAAGAGGAUGGUCUUGCCAAUGGCCAUGUUGAGGAGGAAUCAGGGGCUGGCAUGAUUACACCUGUCAGAUCUCCAGUCACCAGCUACUGGAGCAUCACAGAGGGCCCCGACCACCCGCUCCUCCUCUCCCCGGCCCCCGGGCCCUCUGGACGAAAGCCCAGGGUCCAGAGGGCCUCACGUCCAGGCCUCAGCCGGAUCCCAGGUCGGGACCACCGCCGCUACUACCACGAGUACUGGCGCAGCGAGUACCUCAUGGACUUUGACCCCCAGCGGCAUGGGAUGAUUUGCAUGGUGUGCGGCAGCUCACUGGCCACCCUGAAGCUCAGCACCAUAAAGAGGCACAUCAGACAGAAGCACCCUGACUCCCUGCUGUGGAGUGCUGCCGACAAGGAGGUGAUCCGCUCAGGCUGGGAGAGCCACCUGAGCCUGGGGGGAGGUCAUAGGUCAUAUAGCUCUGCUGCUGGACCUUCACCUCAGGAAGAAGAGGAGCAGCUGGACUCAGGCCAACAUACUGCAGCAGAACCCCUGGACCCUGUGACACCCCAGGAGCAGCCACAACAACCCCUCAGUCUGUCUCCACGGUCUGAGGAAGUUGACGCCCCACAGCCCCAGGAGGAGGAGCAGGAUGGACCAUCAGCUCGGACCCUGGAACGCUACCUGAAUGACUCGCUGCACGCCUGGUUCCGCCAGGAGUUCCUGAUGGAGUAUGAAGCAGAGGCUGGCCGGUUGCUGUGCAUGGUGUGUGGAGGAGAACUGCCGUCGCUUCACCUGGACCACAUCAAGAGCCAUGUGCUGGACACCCACCCCAACUCCUUGGUCUACAGCUCCGAGGAGAAGCACUGCAUCCUGCAGGCCUGGGCUCAGACUCAUGAAGAGUCAGAUAACUCAAUUAAAUCAGAGCCCAGCACCAAAGAAGGUGGGGUGGACCUCUUUGCUCAGGAUGUGGAGGCCAUCCAGCUCAACACUGACUUGUACCCAGAAAGUGAUGGCCCUUUAACUCAGGACACUUGUCUUAUCGGUGAGGACGGUGGCGUUGGAGUUCAACAACAGGGACCCCAGCCCCUCCGCCAGCCCAGGAAGAGGCGGCUGCGUGGGGGCAACCCAUGGAGACUCCGCCUUGACUACCUGGUGGCCUAUGGGCCUCAGGGCCAGGACACAUUCUGCAUGGUGUGUUCUCAGGUCCUGCGCGAAACCAAGGUCAGCAGCUUUCGCCGCCACAUCCAGGAAUGUCACCCUGAGACAACAACCUUGAGCCGACAAGAAAGGGAAGCCAUGGCUGCUGCCUGGACCAAAGAUUACUCUAGUGAAGGCAUGCAAAUUCAAGAUGAAAUCAACCCUAGUGAAGCUACUACAGGAGAAACAAAUGAGGACGCCUCCCCUGAUGUCAGAACACCCAGUAAAAUGGUGAAGAAGGAGGAGGGUGUUAGCGGACGGAAGGGUAAAGCAAGGGACAGCAGCAUCACAGCCACACCUUCUCGUCACGGCCAUUACCCCGGGAAGGACCAGAGGAGGAACUACCAGGUGCGCUGGCGGAUGGAGUACCUAAUGGACUACGACUGCAGGAGACACGGGCUGAUCUGCAUAGUGUGUGGAGCCACUCUGGCCACGCUGAAGGUCAGCACCAUCAAGAGACACAUCCAGCAGGUACAUCCCCACUCUCUGGACUACAGCCCAGAGGAGAAGCAUCAGGCCUUGCUGAGCUACAACCAGACUGCCCUGCACUUCGUCCACUCUGAUGACUGCUUCUCCUCCCAGGACCACGGACACACCGAGUUGGCUCCCAGUCCAUCACACUUUGGCACUUAGAAAGGGCUUCCGUCUGUUGCUCCUCACAUGGCCCAUGUUCAGAAACAGCCCUCCACUUUGUUUGUUAAAGGGAAAUCCAGGUCAAACAUGGUCUUACUGUCCUAUACCUGCUUCUUACCUUCUUUGACUUUGUUCUUGCUAGAGUUCCAAAAUCUCUACAAUCAGGUGCUGAGUAAAAUCUUAACAAGACCAGUUGUCAUAAUGGACACAAAUAUGAGAGUAAGACCCAGGUUGAGAAAUACUGAUAUUUCCCUUUAAAUCUAAAUCAGAGAGUACUGCUGUGGUUAAAGUGGCAAGUAGCACCUGCUGCAAAGGACAUGACGACCUAAAAAUGUCAUGGCCUAAAAAAACAAAAGUCCAGCCACUCAUUUGAAACAAAAGCCUUAUUUGCACAAGACCAGUAUUACAUGAGGACUUCAUGGGAUUUAGGAAAUUCUUACUCACAUCUAUGCAUGCGCAUUUGCAUGGAUGCAUAAAAUCUGUGUUUUGCAGAUAUCAAAUAUAUAUCUACCAAAUCCUAACAACUUUGACCAAGUAUCUGUAGGUACCAUUAAAACAUACUUUACAUGAAAUAUUAUUGACCCAGUAGCUAAUGCAGCUUGAUAAUUUUUGACCGUAAAGAAGAAAACAGUAGGGGAAUACCAAAAAGUCUUUUUUUUUUUUUUUUUUUUUAAAGGAAAAAAAGAAUAUAUAGCCCGUCGUGAGAUGGUCAUUCAGACAGGGCUAAUUUCAUCAGACACGGACUGUGUUUGCCGAAAUAUGGUCAGUAAUUUACAUUAGAAAUAUUAGAAAAGUUACUUUACAGAUUACAUACUUGCAGUUACUAUAAACCACAUGGGGUCCCCAAUUAAAGGCCUUGUCAGACCAUUAUUAAUUUCAGCAAAUAAAAAAACAAAAACAAAAUUGCAAUCAAUUUGUUGCAUUUAGCGGAUUUUCUUACGGAAGUGAAGUAACUGUGCUGAGCUUUUGCGUGAGGUCUAAAUUUGGUGAACUUGUGACAUGUAAAUUUGCAUCACUGACCAAAAACAAACUGUCUUGACAGUGUUGACAUUUGAGGGAAUGGAGGGUUGGAGAGUCCUAAAAGAGGAAGCUAAUGUAUUAGCUAUGUUGCACCUUCUGCUUUUAUAUAACCCUCUGCUGGAGAAUCAAGUGCUCCACAAAAGAGGCACAAAUAUGUCUCUUGAAUAAAAGGUGGUAACAUUUUGUCUGCUAACCAACAGUUAGCUUGACGGGCUAUAGAGGGCUAAUGAUGUCAUCUCGACGCUAGCAGCUUGUCCAUUAGCUUCUGAAACUAACUACAAUCUCUCCUUCAUCAGUCCUUUAGAAAAAAAUUUAACCUUUACCUGGGAUCGAUGAGCAUCUACAAUACUUGUAAGUAGCUGGGUGCCUCCUGAUUUUAGCAGAAUUAAUUGAAAUCCAAUAACUUAGAGCUCCACACACUUGUGCUUGCUAGCACUACUAUAUUCCUGGCUAGCCAGCAUGUAAACUUUUAGCUCAGUGGGUACAGCAGUUUGCCAGCUUGCUUCGCAAAUAGUAAUUUUAUGCUCUCAGCACCACAUGUUACGCACGGAUACAUAAAUUAAUUUUGCUGAGUCAAUUUCUGGUCUGACUUGGUACUAAUAUUGAAAAUGGGACUUUAGACAUUAAAUCUCCUUUAUGCAUUGUCCUAUUCCUACAAUACCUAAUGAGUAACUGGACUUUCAGUUUUUGAUGGCACACUGAAAUAUUUGUAGUCAUAUUUCCUUUCUACCUAUUAUCUUUGAGGUCCGGGAAGGGGCUUGUUUCUGGUUGGGGCCAGAGUUUUACGCUCUCAGGAAGUUAGAAACAGAGUCUUCGGCGAGGCCGAGCUGAAUUAGUUUUAAGAUAAUGUGUCUGAAGACAACACAGCACUUUGCCCUAAAAAUGUACUAAACCCCAGCUUUCCUUCUGUACAGCUAAUAGAAUGAGACUAUGUUUGAUGUUAUUGCUGAAGACAAUGAAUGCCAGCGUGCAGUCAGUGAGUUCACUGAGCUCAAUGAGAUCUCUCUAGUGUAUUUAAUUCCUUGUUUACAGUGGAGGAGAAGGACGUACUCCUCUCUCUCAUCCAUUAUAAUGAGAUAUGUUAUCUCUCUUUCAUUUUGCAUUGUUGCUACACCGGCCUGUAUCCUGUUCUUCAUCCACAACUCAUCUUAGCUAAAAGCUGCACAAAAAAAGAAUAUGUAAAUACGUAUAUGAAAAAUUAGAAUUAUUUUUCCUUUAUACAAGCACUUUUAUGCACCCUGGUUUCUACAAAACAUGUUUGUAAUUAUGUCCAGUUUUUCUACUUCACUCAAGAUUUCAACAAUGUCAUUCUUUAACAGCUGGAUAAUAUCUCAUUGGACUUUUUCAUUCACUUUGAAAAGUUUACUCCAGCUUUGGUACUGCAUCAUUUUUCUUUCACUGUACAGAGUUUCUGCAGAAAAAAGGAGUUGAAGAAAAACUUACACCUGUCUGCAAAUGAAAAGUCUGCCAUGAAAUGUCACUUCUUCACCUGGAAAAUUUAACUCAGGGAUUCUGUUUCCAUCAACAAACAUUUCAUAGUAAUCUUUUAGGAACAUAUAAGCUGUUGACAUUUGAAGAUAAUAGAUACAUGUGUCUGCUUUGGGUUGUAUAGGUGAUGCCACAAAUAUUGUAAUUAUUAAUAAACAAAUAAAUAUUGUAAAUAUUGAGUAUUAGGGCCAGAAUAAAGUCAGAAUGUUAGAAUGAAGUUGUAAUUUUGAGGAAAAAGUCAUAAUAUAAAAAAAGUAACUUUUUCGGAAAAAAGGUUAUAUAUUGAUUUUUUUUAAAAGUUCAAGUACAAUUAGAAUAAGUAAUUUGGUAAAAAAGGCAUUAGGAGGAAAACCCAUAAUAUUUAAAGAAAGAAUUCAUGAUAUUUUGAGAAAAAAGAUGAAGAUUGGAAUGAAGUACUUAUUUUGAGGAAAAAAUCAUUAUAUUAGGAACAAAAAGUUAAGAAUAAAGCCAUAAUAUUUCAAAAUAAAGUUGUAAUGUUUACAAAAUAUUUAUUGGGCUGUCAAGAAAACUAAGUGUUGCAUGUGUAAGUUAACCUACCCACUCUCCUUACAUGACAUUUUAUACUCGAAGCCUAGAAUAUGACUUUUUCUUGAAAUAUUACAUUUUUCUUGUAAAAUUAUGACUUUAUAUAGAAAAACUUACUUUUGUCCCUUUAAAUUCAAAAUAAUACAACUCUCAAAUUAAGACUUUGUUCAUGUAACUUUAACUUUACAACAUUUUCUCAAAAUAUUUUGAUUUUCUUCUCAAAAUCUUUUUUUUAUUAACAGUGGCAAUAUUACUCUGUUGUAAAUAAAUCUGAAUGACACAUAAAUUCCAAAUUGUUAAAUUUUUGAAGAAUGAUCAGAAUUUACUUUUUGAUACAAAAGCAAACUCUCCCUGCAACACUCUGACAGCAGAGAAAGAGUCAUAUUUCCAUUUCAUUGGUCCACUUUGGCACGGAAUAGGUCCACACAAAACUCAAUUUGACAUAGCACUUAAUUAUUUAAAAUGAAGUAAGAUACAGCGAAAUGAAUGAUAGAGCAUUUGAAAAUGAGAUAUAAUGCAUUUGCUAGUGUGUGUGUUUGUGUUUAUACUGUCUGAAUGAUCAGCUUAUUUUUCUUCACUUUCACUUUGUCUGCUCACCUUUCAUCUGUACAUGGCCAACAUGUGAGAUAUGCAUUCUCUCCUCCUAUGAUCUUUGAAUAAAGACUCAACACUG